AUUAAGUUCUGAAGCCCAAAUACAAAUUGACCUUGACCCUCUUUAUUUAACAGAGUAUGGUGACCAAAUGACAUUUACAGAGGACAGUGACCAAAGUAAAGAGGCAGAAGUAUGGCCAGCCAGUGAUGCAUCUGUUGUUACUGAAACUUCACCAUCUGAAAGAGUGUAUGGUGACCAAAUGACAUUUACAGAGGACAGUGACCAAAGUAAAGAGGCAGAAGUAUGGCCAGCCAGUGAUGCAUCUGUUGUAACUGAAACCUCACCAUCUGAAACAGAGUAUGGUGACCAAAUGACAUUUACAGAGGACAGUGACCAAAGUAAAGAGGCAGAAGUAGGGCCAGCUAGUGAUGCAUCUGUUGUUAUUGAAACUUCACCAUCUGAAAGAGUGUAUGGUGACCAAAUGACAUUUACAGAGGACAGUGACCAAAGUAAAGAGGCAGAAGUAUGGCCAGCCAGUGAUGCAUCUGUUGUAACUGAAACCUCACCAUCUGAAACAGAAUACAGUGACAAAAUGAAAUUGACAGAGGACAGUGACCAAAGAAAAGAGGCAGAAGUAGGACCAGCCAGUCAUGUAUCAGUUGUAACUGAAACUUCACCAUCUGAAACAGAUUACAGUGACCAAAUGACAUUUACAGAGGACAGUGACCAAAGUCACAAGGUGGAAGAAGGGCCAUCCAGUGAUGCUUCUGUUGUUACUGAAACUUCACCAUCUGAAACAGGAGAUGAGACAGUUUUUACCAUUUAUAUUGAAGAACCAGAAAAGAGUGAACAUGUACAAGGUGAUGUAUUGUUUGCAGUUAAUAAAUGUAACAGUGGAUUCCAGCUAGAACAGUUAGAAGAAUAUGUGUCAGAUUCAGACUGUUCAUCUAUUGUGGAGACAGCAACAAAUAGGCCAAUAUCAUUACAUAAGGUACUGAAAGCCAGUGCAGAUUCAACUUCAGAUGGAAGUGAAGAACAAGCUUCAUCAAGGGAGUUACCAGGUAUUGUAAUACAGGCUGUAACAGGUUCAGGAAAACGAGACUACACAAAAAAGCACUGCUGUUUCUUCUGCGAAAAAUCAAUAAGUAAAAUAGGAAGACACCUGGAAAAGGCUCAUCAAGAUGAACCUGAGAUUAGAGAGCUUCCUCCUGUGUCCAAAAACAAUUCCACUAGUGAAAUAGCAAAAAGAAAGAUGGUGUUGUCUAAAUACCGCAACCUGGGAAACUUCAAUCAUAACAUUAGUGUGUUGUUAAAAAAGAAGGGUAUAUUUUAUGUUGGAAGGCGGCCACCUAAAGAGAAGGGAAACAGUGCCAGCAGUUAUUUACCAUGCCCAUAUUGUUUGACAUUCCUUGUGAAAAGUGAACUUUGGAGACAUGUAAAAAUUUGCUCUUUUAAAGAAAAUAAACUCACUGUUAGUAAUGCAGAAGAGUUAAAGAAGGCAACAGAUGAGUGUGUCAGUUCAGCAGAGUACAUACUUCAAGGGGCUUUAGGAACAGAGGUGUAUAAUUCAGACAAUCAAGAAUUCAUUGAUCAUGUUGUUAAACGUUUUCAUAUGGACAAUGUAAGCCUUGCUGUUAAGAGUGACAAAUUGCUAUUAAUAUUUGGAAAAAUGCAACUACGAAAGCUUGGCCUCCAACGGGCUUGUCAAGUAAGAGAGAAAUUGAGGAUACUUGGAAGAGUCAAAAUUGAACUUAGAUCAUUAACAGGUUUAGAAUCAGCUGAUAUGGACAGUUUCAUUACACCCAGUAAAUUUGACAUUUGUAUGAAAGCUGUACGUAAUUUGUCUGGAGAGUCCAACGAAGGGUCAUCUACAGGAUCCAAAACAUUUAAAAGACCGUCUUUGGCUUUAAAAGCAGGCCAGCUGUUGAAAAGAAUUGCUGUGUUAAAAAGAGGUCAAGCCAUCAGAAAACUAGACCUUUCAGAAAAAGAUGAAACUGAUCAAUUUAUUAGUCUGUACAAAGAAGAAUUCUCCGAAGUCAUCUCUUCUCUGGCCCAUCACACACUUUCAGAAAGAAAAUAUAAUAAGAAAGUACUUCUUCCAUUGACAAAGGACCUCCUGAAAUAUAUGAAUUACUUAGAGAGCACAACCAUUGAAAGUACAAGAUUGUUUCUAGACUGUCCUUGCUCAAGUCAUUGGAAUACACUUGCGGAAGUAACAAUUGCCAGAAUAAUACUUUUCAACAAAAGACGGGCAAGUGAGGGGGCAAAAAUGUUAGUGUCGCAAUUUGUAGGUAGACCUGCUUAUGGUAAAGAAAACGAAGAAUUGGUUUCAACAUUGCAACCAAUAGAAAAGCAAUUGAUGAAGACAAUGAGUUUGGUAGAAGUAGUUGGAAAACAGUACAAACGUGUGCCCAUUCUUCUUUCCCAAACAAUGGUUGAAGCUAUACAAGCCUUGGUGGACAAAAGGGCAGAAGGGGGAGUUAGAAGUUGCAAUCCAUAUGUAUUUGCUCAGGGAGACAGCAACUUUAAGCGGGGAAGUGAUUGUAUUAGAAGAACUGUUCAGGCCUGUGAGCUUGAAUUCCCUGAAAGAAUCACCAGUACAAAACUCAGAAAAUACCUAGCAACUGUGUCACAGGUGUUUAAUCUGUCAGAAUCAGAAUUAGGGGAGUUAGCACGCCACAUGGGUCAUGAACUGAGCGUGCAUAGACGCUUUUACCGUCUACAGGACGAUGUGAUAGAGUUGGCAAAGGUGUCACGUCUGCUAAUGUCUGUAGAGGAAGGCAAGGCAGCUCAGUUUGCAGGAUGUACAUUAGAUGACAUUAAUCUUGAAGAUUUCGAAGAAGUUGAAGAAGAAGAUGUAGGUGAUGAUGAAGAUGGUGUUGAAGUUGACUUUGAUCCUCAUUUGGACGCUGUUGAGAAUAUUGUACCAAGUUCUCAUCCAUCAAAGGAAAGUGUGGUUCAAGAUGAUGUGUUGGACACUGAUGAGGAUGUUGUAGCUUGUGCUCCUGCGUCAAAAAAAAGAGUUGGUUCAAGGUAUGUCAACAGAACUCAUAGUGAUUACAGCAUGAAGUGCUAAUUUUCAUUGUGCAUUUUUGUGACCUGUCCUUUCCUGUGGUCAACAUUUUACUUAAACAAUAUUUUCUUAACCACUUGGCCAAAUUUGAUGAAACUUGCCAUGGACAAUCUUUGCAUGAUGCCCUUUUAAAUCUGUUCAACAAAUUUCAUUCCAUCAAAAACUGUGGUUGCCAUGGCAACUGAAAAAUUAACUUUAAACAUCUUGU